GUGACCCCCGAAGCGCCAGUAUCAGUGGACGCCCUAGGAGAACUGGUCAAAACCAACCCAUCUUGUUGGCGAACCUUCUGCGCCUUGGUCUACAUCAGGACCGUCCGGAUGAUCCGGGAUCCCUACAAGCUGUAUGUCAUGAUCUUCAUGCCUAUAAUAUCCUGCGCUCUCGGUCUCUACAUGAAGUCAAGACAGAUUGUAUUUUUUCGGAUGCAGCCGCUCAAAUUGGACCCCAAUGCAUAUUUCAAUAAGACCCCAAUUGCAAUAUUCAGUGAAACGAACGACUUCAAAGAGGUAUCAGACUUGAGGGAUUCCCUCGAAAUGCUUGGAGCUCAUCCGAUCAUAGACUUUGACGGAAACUUCUCGAGUCUUCUGGAUAUGGAGAACUUUGGAGCAUUCAAUCUAAAAGGAAGCUUGGUGCCAGGUUUUGGGAAAGCAAUGGCCUACUACAAUAGCACGUAUACGCACAGUCUGCCUAUCAUUAUCAAUUUGUUGGACAAUAGUAUUUAUAG